GCGGUUUUUCUCCGCAGUGUCCACAAAAGUGCAAGCAUUGUCAAUUGAACCAUUGACUAGAGCUUUGAGGAAUGGAAGAAAAAGAAGAAGGUGAAAUUUCCUUAGAAGAUGUAAGUUCGUCGGAAGAUAUAAAUUUAAAUAAUCAUCGAAAAAAAAAAUCCAGAUCACAUAAAAAUAAAUCAUCUAAAACAAAAAUGGGUGAUAGACGAGUCGAAGUUGAUAUUCCUUCUCAAGAUGCAGCUUGCGGUAAGGAAAAUCGUCAAUGCUCCAACGGCUUUGUUGCAUCAGAUCAUAGGAUAAUCAUUAAACGAGAAGAUUCGAAAGAUGGGUUUUUACCAAUAUCUAGCGAUGAAGAUACAGAACUUAUCAGUAUGCCCGGAAGUUCAAAGCAAUAUCUUAUCCGAACAGGGCAGAAAAAAAGACGAAAAAAAAAAAAGAAAAAAACAACAGGAGCAAGAAUGCUAACAAUGGAUGAUUUAGAAUCUGAUGUAGUUGUUGGUGUAAGAAUUGCAGAUGACAGAGAUAUUAUUCCACCACCAAGAAUUUAUAAUGCACCACCGGUAAUUUACAACGAUAUGCGUAAAUCAACAACUCAUCAAUCCUGUUUUCAACCUUCUCAAUCUUCAAGACAACGUUAUCGUUCUCCAAUUAAAUCAUCAUACAGAUCUCCAAUCCAUCAUUCACGUUCACCAUCACCACGUCGAAGAUCACCCCGUAAAUUUUUACCACCCGCUAAACCAUCAACUUCUUCGUUACCACCUAAACAUUGUCCACACAAAGUUUCACCAGCUAGAUGUUAUAAUGAAACGUACAAUUCAUCUUUAUUGAAAAAAGUCAAAGAAUAUGAUACUACAGCAAUUACUCCAGCAAGACAAAGUCGACAUAAAGAAUGUUCAUUGAAGGACAAGUUAAGUAACAUGGGUAAAUUACAUUCAGAUUCAAAAGGAAGUGAUAAUAAUAAUCGUAAAGAAAUAAAUGACAUAAAAAAAGACAUUGAUGAGGAAGAUAUUGACACUUUACGACGUCUUGCUUUGGAUACAAAACAUUCUAAAUGUGAUGAUGAGCAACAAAUAAACCAUGAUGAUAAUUCAGCAGGAUCUGAUGAAACACCAACUCUUUCUUUCAAUAGUAAUGAUCACAAUGUUGAAGAAUUACAAUUACGUGCUGAUGCACUUAGAACUGCGGUAAUAAAUAAAUUUAAUUUAAGAAAAAAGAAGGGAUUAAUAAAAAAACGAGAUAAAGAAGUGAAAAGUGAAGUUACUUAUGAUGAUAGUCUGUUGAAUGAUGUAAUUGAUAAUUGUGAAGAAAUAUAUUCACCUGCAGCUUCAACUGCACAUAAUGGAGGUAGUGAUAUUGCUGACAUGGAGUUAGACUCUGAUUUAGAACGGGAGAAAAUAAAUUCUCAACCUUAUUCUCCUUAUUCACCAACAGACGUGAUAUUAGGAGAUACAUUUGUUAAUGGACAUUCAAAUGAUUUAGAAGACAAUAAAAAUGGAAUUAUUGAUCUUGAAACUCCUUAUUCACCAUCUGAUCCAACAGAUAUGUCAGCUCACAAAUUUUCACCAAUUAAUAAAUUUAAUUAUCCUACUCCUGAAAUGAAUUUCACAAUACCCGUGAUUCCCGAUCCUACAAAAUCUUAUUUACCAACUUCUAAUCCUACUAUCCAUAAUAUAGAAUCAUCUUUAUCUUCUUCAAGUGUUCCAAUGAUCAAUAAUUCAAUAACAUCUACUACUUCAAAUGAUCCAAUAAAAAACAAUAUAAGUUCAGCUUUUAAUGAUUCACGUACAGUGCAUCCAAAUUCACUUAUUUCUAAUCAUAGUAUAUCAAAUAAUCUAUCAGUGCCAUUAGAACAAAUAAAUUCACAAUUACCAGUGAAUUUAACUCAUUCUUAUCAAGUAUUAUCUCCACUUCAAAGCUCAAUUAUUCCAAAUACAUUAGAAUCAAUUCAACGACCGGAUACGGUAAUACAUUUAUCAAUUCGUGGAGCUAAGAGAAAAGAUGAACUGUAUGAUGAAGUUAUUCGUGAUCUUGAAGAAGAUUAUGGUCCUAUUUGCCGUGAUGAUACUUCUGAUAGUAAUAAAGAUACAAAUAAAAUGUCUGCACACGUAAAUAAAUUGGUACCAGUCCCAAUUUUAAGAAUAAACAAACAUUUGCAACAACCAUUACCACCGAAAAAAAUUGAUAAUAAUCCGGUAAAAGUAUUUAAAAGCGCAGAAAUGCAACCUGUUGAUGUUAAUCAAUCUGUUAAAACUAAUGCUACAUUUAAACCAAUUAAGCUUCCACAGGUUGUUAAAAAACCAUUAGCAUCAACUUCUGCAGAAGCUUUUUACAGUUCUUUAAAUGAUGAUACAAGUAUUGAAUUGCCAAGUGAACAAAGUAAUGGUAGAACAACUCAAAGUUUAAAAAUUUCUGAUGAACCAUCUAAUGAUACUAAUGCGGACAAAGAAUUAGAAACGGUAGUAGAUCAAUCCAAAAGAAAACCUGGAAGGCCUAAAACACCAGCUAAGAAAAGUAUAACUACAAAAAAGACUAUUAAUGCUACUUAUGCUAUGACCACUAGUACUACUUCAAUUUCAUCUAAUAAAAUAAAAUCUUUGAAUGAUAGAAACUUCAAUAAAAAAUAUUCUAAAGAUAGUGACAGUUCAAAAAAAGAACAAAUAAAUAAUAUUAAGAUUAUAGAAGAGCCAAAAAAAUCAGAUUCAAUAACAAAACGUGUGACAAGUAGUAAUAAAUUAGAUAAAAAAUCCGAUGAAAAUUCCAAAGAUAAUAAUGUUUUAAAUAAAAGUAAUGAAGUUAUAAAACAAAAAAAAGAUAACUCUAAUAAUAAAGUCUCAAAAGUUAAAAAUAUAAAAAAAUUAGGAACUUCAUCUACAAAAGAAACUGGUAAAAGUUUAGAUACUGAUAAAUUUUUAAGUGGAAAAAAAUCUAAUGAAAAAAAACGGCGAUCAAGUUUUGAAGAAGAAGAAUUGCGGGCAUUAGCAUUAGCAUCAUUACCAAAACGACUUAAAUUAUCUGAAUCUUCGAGUUCAAACAAUAAAGAAUCGGAUUCUACUAAAGACUUAUCAAAAGAUAAACUUAUAUCAGAAAAAAUUAACGAAACUAUUGUUAAAGUAUCAACAACAAAUAAUUUACCUGCUACAAAUACAAUACAAAAUCGUGAAAAACAAAUAAGUUCGAAGAUUAAUGUACCAUCUGAUAAGAUACUAAAUGAACCAGUUCCAGCUAGUAAACGUCCAAGUACAACAAAUAUUCAAGCUCCACUUAAGAAAAUAAUUAAAAAAUCAAUUCAACCAACUGAUAAAUCUACUGCUGAAUCUAUUCAAAGCACAAUAGAUUCAGUGAUACAAAAUAAAAUAGUUCAUAACCAAAAGAAAAUAGCUUCAUUACUGCAACAGAGUAAUAUCUUUAAAAACAAUGCAAAGAUCAACGAUCCAGUUGAGCUGCCGACUUCGAAAAUAACAUCGUCAAAGAAGAUACAACGAAUGGUGAUAAAUCUUGGUGAAGAUUCAGAUACUGAUACUGAUUCAGAAACAACAUCAACGACAACAUCAAAACCAAGUAACUUUAAAACUCCUACUGCAAAACCUACUAAACCUUUAUCUAUACCUACUACAGAGUUUGAAAAAAGUCUCGAGGAAUUUUUACGAUCCCAAAGAGAAAAAACAGAAGCUACUGCGUCAAAAUCAUCUAAUUCUACAUCCAAUAAGACAUCAGAUCUUAACAAAACACCACAAGCUAUGCGUCAUUUACCACCUAAUAAGCAAGAAGAAUAUCGACGUCUUAAACAGCGAGUCGCAGAACUGGAAAAAACAAAAAAUCUUACUAAUGAAAAACGAUCGCAAAAUGUUGAAAAGUCUGCACCUGUUGUCAAACCUACAGAAUCAAUUUGUUCUACAAAGAAUCAGCCAAAAAAAGCUUUAAAAACUUCGGUUUCUCAAAAAACUUCAACAACUGUAAUUGCUUCUACUUCUACUACUAAAUUGUCAACUUCAGUAACUAAUAAUAACUUAUCAAGUAAUUCAAGUGAUUCAUCAUCGAAAAAUGAAGAGAAUCGAUUAAAAAUAAUUGCCAAUUGUACUCAAGAACUUCUUAAAAACAUUCCUAGAGCGAGUUCUAAAAUUCAUUCUUUGUUCAAGGCUAAUGAUGAUGUUAAUGAUGCGACUGUUGAUAAUUUAACAGAUCAAACAAUUGCUCAAACUCUAGAUGUAAAACCUAAUACUGCAGAACUUACUAGUAGUAUAACUGAAACUGUUACUAGUGCAGCUGAUAAUGAUUCAUUCGAAUAUAUUAAUCAUUUAAAUGAUCCUAUGUCAGAAUCAUUUACUUUCGAAGAACAAAAAGUUGAUCCAAAUAUUAUUGCGAGUGUUUCUGAAACAGCUGUCGUGCCAUCUAAUGUUAUAAAUUGGCCGACAAUGAUUACAGAAAAUUCGUCAGUCAAUAAUACUUUAGAAAACCUUGUUAUUCAAAUUUCAAAUACUCGUGAUGUUGGUUUACCACAACGUAGACAAGUAAGUAUUAUUAAAAAAGACAAGGAUCAAUCAGAAGAAGUAAAUUCUCCAAAAACUACUGCACCAUUCCUAAGAAUUUUAACGGCCGAUCAGUUGAAUAUGCGAGCUAAUAAUGUACAAGAAACUGAUCAAAAACAAGAAAAUCCUAUACUCAAUAAUAAUAAUAAUAAUAAUAAUAGAAUUCAUAUUAGUGAACCACAAAUUAUUGAUAAUAAUAAUACUAAUGUAUUUAUGAAUCGUGGUAAUAAUAAUUUAAUUGAUAAUAUAACAAUUGAAGAAACUAAAAUAGAUAUAAAUAUUGAGGCUGAAGAAAGAUUUAUUUCAACUAACGAAUCAAACGAAAAUUCUGAGUCAUCUUCAAUUAUUGCUCCUAAAAAUGAGUCGGUAAAUUCUGAUACAAGUAGUUUAUUAGAGUCAACUAUUAGAUUAGAUAAUUUACAAUUAGAAAAUCUAGAAGCUACAGAAGCAUCAUCACUUAAUGAAAAUCAUAAUCGAAUAUUAACGGUACAAGAAUUAUCGGAAAAAAUAAAUGCUGAAGUUAUAGCUGAAGUUGAACAAUAUAAAAAUCUUCCUUCAGAACAACAACGAAUUAAAUUUACAACGAUGGAACAGGAAUUAUCUGAGAAAAGACAAAUGCGGCUGGAUGCGUAUAACCGUUUGGCUGGAGGUCUUCAAGAACUUGAAGUUGAACGUGAAGUUCAAUCACAAUUAUCUGCUGAAGUAAAAAGAUUGCGUUCAGAAUUAAAGUUAGCUGAAGAACGAUUGAAAACGCAACAAGACAAAGUAUCUAGUAUAACUUCGGAAGUAUUGAGUAAUCAAAAUACAGUUAAUAAUCGAAGGCUUGAGUGUAUUAAACAUACGCGUAUUUGUACUGAAAUGGGAUUAUUUAUUAUAGGAAAAGAAUACAAAGUACCGCCUGCUGGAAGUCAAUCAUCAUUGGAAGCAGUCAAAGAAGUUGCAAGUCGUAUAAAAAAAUUAGCUAAGAAAAAAGUUUCGACGGGUGAUAAUGAUAGUUAUCAACAGUCUACUGAUAAUACGUCAGAAACAUCAUCAAUAGAUAGUUCAAAUAAUGAUAGGUCAGAUGCUCAAAUUCAAUUGGAUCAGACUAAUAUAAUAACAAAUGAACAAAAUUCAACUGAUAAUACUAAAUCAACUGAAGAAUCAACUUUAAUAAAAAUUGAAAAUUUGGAUAGUCAAGAAUUAUUAGAACCAUUGCCAGUUAAUUCUGAUACAUCACAAAAUUUAGUGAUUAAUCAAGAAGACUCAACUACUGUGAGUGCAGUUAACACAGAUUAUCAAACAUCUAUCAAUGAUUCAGUAACUAUUAAAACUGAAGAUCCUACUGAUGAAAAAUUAGAAACGGCAUCGUCUAAGUCUGCAUCGAGUUCAAAAUCUGUUAAAAAUAAAUCAAAAAAAAAAAAAAAUAAUAAUACUUAUGAUAGUAAUAUAAAUUAUGAAGAGACGCCUAUUAAACAAGAGAUUAUAGAUAUUGAAUUAGAAUCGCUACCAGUUGAUUCUGAAUCAAAUAUAUCUUAUCCAAAUUUAGAAAAUGAAUUGAAUCAAAUAGAAAUGAAUUUUAUUGCUAAAAAUGAAGUAGACAAAGAACUGGAUGAUUAUAAUGAACUUGAGUCCCGUUUAACUCCAAUUGAUCCAACAUUACCUGAAGAAUCUUGUCCAAAUGAACCGACUACUACGAAAUUGAUACAAGAAAAUAUAAACUCUAUUCAACCCAAGACUGAAGAAAAAACUGAUCCUUCAAUUGACACUACAUUACCAGUAUUUUGUAAUACACCUGUUCAAACCUCUUCAUUAAUUCGGCCAGCUGUACAUACUGCUCAAUUUAGUGCUUCCCUUAGCAAUACUAUGGAGUUUGAUGAGACAAAACCCGAAGUAAAUAUUGAAAGUUCAUCAAAGACGCGGGUAAAUUAUUUACCAGAUAGACGUAAAGACAAUGAUAAAAAUAAACCGACACAACCAGUACAAUCUUAUGAGUCAAUUUUACCAGCAUUUAAUCCAACUAGAAACUUGGAUCCAAAUGCAGUUUUGUGUCCUUACGAAUUGAAAGGAACGUGUAAGGACGACGCUUGUAUAUACGCUCAUCUUAAUCGCAGACCCACAUCGUAGCAUUUAUCGCUACAAAUAUGAGAGAUUUCAACUAUUUUUUGAUACAUACAUUAGUGACUUUAAUUAUAGAAGAUGAUAAUUUUGUACUUAAUAAUCCGGCGAUUCCGAUUCUGGACCGAUUAUCUAUCAGUCUGCGGAUGGUAAGUUGUCUUUUUCAGGAACAAACAAACAAACAAACAAACAAAAAAAGUUGAUCGGAUUAUUUUUAGCAGAAUUAUAUUCAGUGAAUAUAAAAUCAUAUUUAAAGAUUAAGAAAGAAAAAUUAUUUUUGUUUUAUAUAAUUUUUUUUUGUUAUUUUUCAAACGUGCUCAUUAUUAACGAUGAAAUUUUUUUUUUAUUUCACGAAGAUGUGAAAAGAGCUUUUAUAUAAAACGUUCGUGCAUAUUAUAUAUAGUUUAUAAAACAACGUAAAUAUUAACAUAAGAAGUAUCAGAGACAAAGUGUAUAAAAAUAUUUUAAAAUUUUAAGUUACAUGAAUAAUCUAAAGAUCUAAGUAUAUCGAUAAAUAUCAACUUCAUUAGACUCGUUGGAAUAGAAUAGUGUUUUUGGAUAGUGUAAAUAUAUAACGUAUAUACCUCAUAAAAUACACGUUCUGUACCUGUGUAAUAAAGUUGAAUAUUUUUUU